CUGGAAACCGUGUUCGAGGCCACAAUCACCCGGUUCGGCCAAUUCACGGAGUUUCAUACUCCUGGUACUGCGGAUUUUCAAUAUCAAUUCAUAACCUUUAAUGAUUUUGCCUAAAUCGGGUUUGCGAUCACACGCUUCUAUUGCCAAUAAUAUUUUCAUCAUUGAACAUUGUUUUUCAUCGCGAGCUGUUAAUAUUGUUAUAGUGAACUCGGGCGGUUCAUCGUUUUACGGGUACUAUUCUUAAAUUCCUCGAGUGAUCAUUUCGAGUUUUCGUUAACUAACGGGUAGAACAAGUACUCGACUGUACGUUUGAAGCGGACGUCAUCGAACACCGAAAAAAUGUACCAACUACCCAGCCUGGCGAAAAUGGCGUACUACGCGUGCAACAACAUUGAACGUAACAAGUUCGACUUGAUGGACACACCGGACAUCGGGAUGCGAAAUUGUUGCGAGUCGCUGUUAGAAUUAUUCAAAGUCGACAAAAACCAAGACGAGCGCAACGAUAGGCAGACAAUGUUCAGUCGAACUCGGUUCGACAUUAAUGACGAUAUGUUUAAACACAUCUGCGAGAAGGCAGCGUCCAACGGGCACAUCGAUUGUCUGAAACUGGCACAUGAGAUUGGCGUGCCUUGGGAUACUGAGUGUGUAGUAUUGCCCGGUUUAAAAGGCAAGGCGUGUGAUCUGGCGGCGGGAUCGGGCAAUCUGGAAUGUCUAAGGUACGCCUUUGAGAACGGGUGCCCCUGGGACAAGGAUACGUGCAGCGACGCAGCGUCUAACGGUCACCUGGAGUGCCUGAAAUAUGCACGGGAAAACGGAUGCCGCUGGGACGAGCAGACGUGCAGCAACGCAGCGUCUAACGGUCACCUGGAGUGCCUGAAAUACGCACGGGAAAACGGAUGCCGCUGGGACGAGCAGACGUGCAGCAACGCAGCGAUUAACGGUCACCUGGAGUGCCUGAAAUAUGCACGGGAAAACGGGUGCCGCUGGGACAAGCGGAUAUGCAGCAACGCAGCGUCUAACGGUCACCUGGAGUGCCUGAAAUACGCACGGGAAAACGGGUGCCGCUGGGACAAGCGGACAUGCAGCAACGCAGCGUCUAACGGUCAUCUGGAGUGCCUGAAAUACGCACGGGAAAACGGGUGCCCCUGGGACGGGGAUACGUGCAGCAGCGCAGCGUCUAACGGUCACCUGGAGUGCCUGAAAUACGCACGGAAAAACGGGUGCCCCUGGGACGGGGAUACGUGCAGCAGCGCAGCGUCUAACGGUCACCUAGAGUGCCUGAAAUACGCACGGAAAAACGGGUGCCCCUGGGACGGGGAUACGUGCAGCAGCGCAGCGUCUAACGGUCACCUGGAGUGCCUGAAAUACGCACGGAAAAACGGGUGCCCCUGGGACGGGGAUACGUGCAGCAGCGCAGCGUCUAACGGUCACCUGGAGUGCCUGAAUACGCACGGGAAAACGGGUGCCCUUGGGACGAGAAUACAUGCAGCAAUGCAGCGUCUAACGGUCACCUGGAGUGCCUGAAAUACGCACGGGAAAACAGGUGCCCUUGGGACGAGGAGACGUGCAGCAACGCAGCGUCUAACGGUCACCUAGACUGUCUGACUUACGCACGGGAAAACCAGUGCCCCUGGGACAAGCGUACGUCCAUAAACGCCGCAAAAUACGGUCACCUCGAGUGCCUGAAAUACGCAUGGGAAAAUGGGUGUGGUUUGGACCGGGAAAUGUGCAACAUCGCCGCGUGGAACGGUCAACUGGAGUGCCUGAAAUACGCACGGGAAAAAGGGUGCCCCUGGGACGAGCAGACGUGCAGUUUCGCCGCAUUAUUCGGUCAACUGGACUGUCUGAAAUACGCACGGGAAAACGGGUGCCCGUGGAACAGCGACACGUGCGACAUGGCAGCGCACCAUGACCAGUAUGAAUGUUUGGUGUACGCCUACGAGGCAGGGUGCCCGUGGAACAUGUUCAGUUACUCGGGUAGUUCAAGAUACAGCUACUCGAAAUGCUCUGAAUACGCCCGCGAAAUAUGGUUACGGGAUGGCAAUUGAACUCAAUUAAUAUCUUUUUAGUUUUUAUAAUGUCUUUUUAUUAUGAAUUCAUGUUACGAGUUUUUAGCGUUCUUUUUAUAUAAAGUUAUUAAUAUAUUUUUAAAGUUGUUCAAUAAUUUUUUUUUUUAAAUGUUCUUCUCUGUUGUUAUCUUUGAUAGUUUGAUUCAUGGGUACCUACAUUCUAACCAAAUUAUA